GACAUGUGACCUGUAGCCGUUGACUUAUUACCUGGAAAAGUCAACAUCUCCAUACCUGGGAGUUCACCGUGAAGGUUAGACGGGCUCUUGCUCUUGGACUGAGAGCAUCAGUUUUAGACUUUGUACUCGGUGUACUUUUUUUAUCCUUUUUCAGCAAUGACAUCAAAGGCGCAGUUUGGAUGGCGAAAGCUAUUUUCCAUAUUCACAGUACUUCCAUGCUGUUGGAGUUUGCAGGUUUCUAUUCCAGAAAGAGAAUAUGAGGUUGCAAGAGGAGGUGAUAUUACUUUGACCUGUUCCUUCAUCCCGGCCAGACCAAUCAACAAUGCAAUCGUCCUCACAUGGGAUGCUUUCCCUGAGAAUGUUGGCGAUCCAAUGGACUUGGUGGCCACCUACUUCAUAAACAAUCCGAUUGACAUUGCACCUAAUUAUGAAGGUAGAGCCUUUAUGGAAAUUGAUGGACAAGUGAGUAGACUGCGCUUAUCAAAGUUGACCAUGAAGGACAGCCGCCGUUACCAAUGCAGUGUCAUGAUCCCCAAUGAUGAUGAGGGAACAACAGCUGCAACCACUUCCCUUUUGGUCCUGGUGCCUCCCUCUACGCCAAUCUGCAGGAUUCAGGGGGAAGCCUCGUACGGGCACAACGUCACUCUCACCUGCAUGUCUAAUGAGGGAUCCCCAAUACCUGUCUAUGAAUGGAGGAGCUACAGUGUCGAAAACAUUCAAAGACAGUUUCCACCUAAGACAAUAGAAAAGGACGGAGCUCUAUCUUUAUUCAAUAUUUCAAGAGAUACGUCUGGUUUCUACAUUUGCACAUCAACAAAUCGAAUUGGUUCUGCCAGCUGCAACUUUACUUUAGCUGUGACGCCCGGCGGCAUGAACAUUGGGUCCACUGCAGGAAUAAUUGUCGGAGUCUUUGCAGGUCUUGUGUUGCUUGGGAUUGUCAUCCUUUGUUGCUGCAAGAAAAAGGGCAAAAAGGAAAAGUAUGCUGAAGGUUCCCCCGAAGAAGUGGAGUUUUAUGAUAGAGAUGCUCCUGAAGUUGGAAAGCAGUACCGGGAUGACAAGUCAGCCAAUGAUACACAGCAGGUUAACCAACAGGAAGUCAAAGACGUUGUUCCUCAAAACUAUUUCAGCAUAGGAACAACUGGACAAAAGUUGGAGGAAGAUCAAGGCAGUUACUAUUCUGGUAAACAAAAGCAUGAUGGCAAGGGCAGUGAUGUUGACUCUCGACGUUACCAGGACGACCAGCAAGAUCUCCGUCGUGGAAGUCGUGAUCGCCUUGACGAUGAACGUAGCCAUUACAGUGGAAGUCAGGAUAGGCUCGAUGAUCAGCGUAAUCGCUCCAGUGGUAGUCGUGAUUGCCUUGACGAUCAACGCAAUCGCUAUGGAGGCAGCCGUGAUGGCCUUGACGAUCAACGUGAUCGUUACGGUGGCAGCCGUGAUCGCCUUGACGAUCAACGCGAUCGUUAUGAAGGCAGUCGCGAUCGCCUUGACGAUCAACGUAAUCGCUAUGGAGGCAGCCGCGAUCGCCUUGACGAUCAACCUGAUCGUUACGGUGGCAGCCGUGAUCGCCUUGACGAUCAGCGCGGUCGUAAUGGUGGCAGUCGCGAUCGCCUUGACGAUCAACGCGAUCGUUACGGAGGCAGCCGCGAUCGCCUUGAUGACCACCGUGAUCAUUCUCGUGGAAGUCGUGAUCGCCUCGAUUACAUUGACGAUCAAAAUAAAGGCAGGUAUUAAUAGCCAUGUGUUACUGAAUGUUUUUAUUGUUUUAUUGUGUUUAAGGAUUGGCUUCCCAGAUAGCAAAUAGUCAUUGAAACAACGUUACAUCAACAUCCCGCUGUCAAUGAUAAAGUCAUUGAAUCAACGUUAAACUCUGAUAUUGUUUCAUCAUUGAAUCAUUGAAACAACGCAGAGAUCAACAGAAAUCAACAAAGAUCAACAGGAUUUCAAUGGUAUUUCGAUCACAAUGGCUAUUGAAACAAUGUUUAAAUCCCACCAUUUCUCAACAAAACUUCAAUGGUAGCCUAUUUUAGUAUCGGCCCACUACAGGUUUAGUCUAAAAAGGUAUACAUUAAUUAUUAUUUAAAACAUUAUUAGGCUACCAUAAUCUUGCUUUAUCGAUGGGCUAUGGCCAAGAUGGGCUAGGAGGAAAAUAUAGAAAUUAUGCCAUAAGCCUUUUAGGCUAGACUUUCUAGCACAAAUGACACCCAACACAUUUAAAAAAAUGAAACAAUAGUUUUUUUUUAUUUUAUUUUUUUUAAUUGUCCUUUUUCUUUUCUUUUUCUUCCUUUUAAUGCGCUAUAACUGCUGUAGGGUUGGUCGUUUAACUCCUCCCGCCCGGUCUGGGGCAUAAUGCAGCCACUUCUGCACAGGUUGAGAAACUUCAUAGGAAUUUGCCAUAGCCUACUUAGUCGAGUCCGGGCAUCUAAAAUAAAAAAACAAUCAAAAGUAGGCUAAUAUUUUAA